AUGCCACCGAGCUAUGAAUCUUUAUUUGGAGAAUUUCGUCAGGUAGAGAAUCCAAAGAGUCUCGCGCAAUUUCUCGCAAAAGCCACUGCUUUUGUUGUAAGUACAGUGACUGCUGCAGUUCUGCUCGCUUUUUUAAAUAUAAUUCCAUUAUUUAUGGUCGUACUGGGAAGCAUGAAUAUACAUCGUUGCCCCAUUGAACCGUAUAUUCCAGUUUGGCUUAUUAUAACUGGUGUUUUUUCACUUUUUAAGAGUGCUACAAAUUUUUAUUAUCGAGCGAAACGCCAUCGCGAGGGACGACCACCAUCGGUUUCUGACAUCAAUCCGAAUCCUUUUGAUGGCCUUUUAUCAUGUUUUCUUAUUGUUUGGUUCAUUAUAGGGUCAGUGUGGAUCUAUUCGAUAUAUGACGAAGUUCAUUAUUUUUAUCCUGAAGAUAGCGAUUACUGCGACCAAUUCACAUAUAUGUUUUCAUUCGUUUUCGUUACUGGCGGUUAUAUCUUAUUAGCUUUAACAUGUUGCUGCUUGUGUUGUUGCUGUUGUUGUAUAUGUUGUCGUCCUAAAAGGGAAGCACCGCAACAGUUGCAUCCUUGA